ACAGGUCGGUGGGUGAAACGGAAAUAAUUUUUGAAACGUAUGGUAUGGGGCGCUGAGUUUGCCCUAAACUCGUAAAAGUUCUAUAUAAAGUCCGUCUCCGCUUAGAUAUUUUUUCAUAAUAUCGCUUCACAGCACUGCACAGCAACUCUUCAACAUCUCUCUCUCUCUCUCUUUUCAUCUCAAGGAAGUUGGCAGUGUAAUCUGCUGAGUUGCAUCUCCGACAAAGUGGAGGGUGUCAAGUUUGAAACUUCUUUUAUGUCUGAACGGGCCUCCUUCUUUUUGACAUCAAUUGGGUUGCUUGGAGAAUACUUUCCUACUAGAAAAAAGAACAGAUAUACUGCUCACAGAGUUGGCUGCAUGCAUCUUGGGUUUGCGGAGGCAAAUAGUAGACACAGUUCUGGUUGCCAGUUUAUGCGACCUUUUCCAAUUGCUGGGAACUUGUUUGGUAAAGGAGGAUUUCACACCAAAAGAGAAGCUGCUGCUAUCUUUUGCCCUUUCUAAUUAAUUUUACUAGUUGGUCUUAAAAAGUCGAAUUAAAAUGGAUUUGCAAAAUAUUGGUGCUUCCAACAGUGAUGAUGCCUUUUAUAGGUAUAAGAUGCCAAAAAUGAUCACCAAGAUUGAAGGAAGAGGCAAUGGCAUCAAGACCAAUGUGGUUAACAUGGUUGAGAUUGCUAAGGCCUUGGCUAGACCUGCAUCUUACACUACUAAGUAUUUUGGAAAUGAGCUCGGAGCACAGUCCAAAUUUGAUGAGAAGACAGGAACUUCACUUGUGAAUGGAGCCCAUGAUACUGCCAAGCUUGCUGGGCUUCUUGAGAACUUCAUUAAGAAAUACGUGCAAUGCUACGGAUGUGGUAAUCCGGAGACUGAGAUAUUCAUAACUAAGACACAGAUGGUCCAACUUAAAUGUGCUGCUUGUGGGUUUGUCUCCGAUGUAGAUAUGAGGGACAAACUUACAACAUUUAUUAUCAAGAACCCCCCAGAGCAGAAAAAAUCUUCAAAGGACAAGAAAGCAAUGAGGAGAGCUGAGAAGGAACGGCUCAAGGAGGGUGAGGCUGCAGAUGAGGAGAUGAGGAAGCUUAAAAAGGAAUCAGUAAAGAAAAAGGGUUCUUCUGCUGGUUCAAAGGAUGUUGCUGCCAAAGGUGCAUCAACCAAGAAAAAAGCACAUACUUCUGAUGAGGAUCAAUCUCCUCCUUGCAGCCAAGCUGAUGAGAAUGAACAAGCAGCUACUGAUGAUGAUGAUGAUGAUGUUCUGUGGCAAACAGAUACUUCAUUGGAGGCAGCUAAGCAGCGUAUCCAGGAGCAGCUGAGUGCUGUUACUGCAGAUAUGGUCAUGCUAUCUACCAGUGAGGAGAAGAAGUCAGUGAAGAAGUCUCCGGAGCGGGAGAGAAAGGGACAUGAGAAUGGAACUAAUGGUACUAACACCCAUGAAAGGCUUGUCAGUGAGAUAAAGGAUGGCCUGAAGAAGGCCUCUUCUGCUAGCCAACUUAGAGCACUUCUGACUACCCUUACUGGGACUCCACAAGAAGUCAUGGAUGCCUUGUUUGCUGCUCUCGUUGAUGACGUUGAGAAGGGAUUUGCUAAAGAGGUGUUGAAAAAGAAGAGCUACCUGGCAGCAGCAACCCAAGAGGAGGGAUCCCAGAUGGUUCUCCUGCACACCAUCGAGUCUUUCUUUGGGAAGGCAAGCCCAGAGGUGUUGAAGGAGGUAGCACUGGUUCUCAAGGCUCUGUACGAUAAUGAUGUGUUGGAAGAGGAGUUCAUACUAGAGUGGUACCAGCGGGGCCUGGUUGGCAGCAAUAGAAACUCCCUAGUUUGGAAGAAUGCGAAGCCAUUUAUUGAGUGGCUUCAGAGUGCUGAGUCUGAAUCCGAAGAGGAAUGAUUUAAGAAGGCAAAUUAUAAUCGUUGGUGUGUAGUUUGAUUGUUGUUUUGCUUUGUCAGGGUGUUGAAUAAGUUUGCGAACAGUGAGUAGACGCAUCUUCCUGCUGGAUAUUUCAUAUUUGCUAUGUUGCCAUUAUCGCUGUAUGUUGUCUAGUUUAUUGAGUUCGGUUGGAGACUGUUUCUGAUGGGAUUUGAUAAUACUAUAUGUAUUUAUUUUGAGUAUUCAAAUAAAUACAUAUUUAAAUA